UAUCUGGACUAUUGAAAAGGUACUCUAAUUAUCUCGUGUCAUUUAAUAUCCGUUGUCAAUCGAAUAUAGCAUUAUUAUAAAAAGGGGGCGUAGAUAGAUCACAUUAUCAUACAGACGUCAAUCAUCAACACCAUGUUGUCAGACAUAGUCGCGUUAUCUUUCGUAUGGUUAUUUCUUUUUGUAACUUCAUUAAGAAGUCAGUCAUGUGUUAUUGAUAAUCGUUCACUAAGCACCGCCUGGGAACAGAAGCUUCGAGAAGAAUUGAUGUCUUGCGAUAGCAGAUACCAACCACCAAGUAUCAAUGAAACAGUUGUAAAAAUCAGUUUCACAUUAAAAUCCUUCUACUUCGAAAACGACGAAGAAAUAUUCACGAUCAGUAGCUGGGUAUUUUUAAACUGGGAUGAUUUAAGACUCACGUGGAAUCCGGACCACUAUGAUGGAAUAAACGAAGUCAUCCUUUCUAGUAUGAAGAUUUGGACGCCGAAGUUAUCUCACUACAGUUCAAGUGGUGAGGAUGAAUUUGACUAUAUAAUGAGUGGAUGUCGUAUCACAGCCAAGGGACGUGUUACAUGUAUACCUAGAGUAGUCCAUCAGACUGUGUGCAGUACAAAAUUGACAAAUUGGCCGUACGACACGCAAAAUUGCACCUUCGAAUUCGGAUCGAAACCAGGAUUCGAUCGUGCUAAAUUUGUUUUAGGUUCUCCUAGAGGUAUCAAAAUGUUUGGUGCUGAAUACGGCCCUGGAUGGACUAUUGUUGAUUUUUCAAAAAGUGAAAGUAAUGACUCGAAAUCGGUAAAAUUUUCUUUCAACUUCAUCGUACAACGUGAAGGGGUCGGAUUAGCAGCUCUCGUUAUAGUACCAUCUUUAAUCUUAUCCUUAAUAACUGUGAUGUCCAUGACAUUAAAUGUUGAAGACAAAAUACGUUUAGGUAUGCUGUGUUUUGGCUUGUUAGGUCAAUUUAUAUUUUUACAAGAGAUCAAUUCUGACUUGCCUAAACAUAGCGCGGAUACUCCAACAGUACUUUUAUACUUGCGUUCGUCGAUUGUUUUAACCUUAUUAUCUAUCGGAAUAACUUUUGUUUUGACUCAUUUAUAUACAAGGUGUAAACCACCCCCAAAUUUUAUAUUGACAUUUAAUGAAAAAGUUUUCGAAUCAUACGCAAGAUAUAUUAUUUGGCCUAAAUGGAAUACGACUGGGGAAAAUAAAAUUGGUGAUGAUGUUAAUAAAAUUUUAACAGCAUGGAUUGAUUUUGCUAGUAUUAUCAAUUUCGUUUCUAUGUCAAUUAUUGCUCUAACAUAUAUCGUAAUGUAUACUAUUUACAUACCUAAGAAGCCUGAUUUCUAAGUUUUAAAAUUAAUCUAUAUGACUUAAAAUACUGUUAGACAUUGUUUAGCUAAACACAUGUUUUAACCCUUUGACUACCGCUGAUUGAAAGAAAGAAAGAAAAAAGAAAACAACGAGGUU